AUGCUGGCUUAUGUGGCUUCUCCAUCGUCCUUCGCAGCUGCCAAGGAACAGAAGAGGGUCUGGGGGGGUCUUUUCCACGAAGGACAGAUGACAGCUCAGGGUAAAGCAGCGAUGAGGAGCGCUGCCCCGGUUUGUGGGGAGCCUCUCCCACCCAGUUUACCCAGGGUUCCCUGGGGCUCCGGCGAGCGCAGACCCCAGCCCGGGUGGGAGGAGACGACUCCCAAGGUCGCGACAGCCCCCGGCGACAGCCCCCAGGCCCGCCCCGAGCUCGACCUGCUCCCACCGGGGCUCCCACCGCGCCGCCGCUUUGACUACCCCCUUCGCCGCGUCCCGCCCGGCUACCGACCCCGGGGCGGCGGUGACGGCCGCGGCGAGGCUCGGAAACCUCCCGCGGCUCAGCCCGGGCCCUACGCGGGACGGGACGUGCCCGGAGGCCGUCGCUCCGGCACUGCCCGGGGCAUGGCCGAGGCGGCGGCCGCCGGCGGGCCGGUGCGGCUGCGGUUGCUCUUCGAUUACCCGCCGCCGGGCAGCCCGGGCUGCGCCUUGUGCUGGCUGCUGCUGGAGCCCAGCCAGGUGCGCCUCGUCACCGACCUCGUCAGCCUCAUCCGCCACAGGUUCGGCUUCAGCCGGCGGGCCCGCCUCAGCCUCUUCCUGGAGGGGGCACUGCUGCCCCCCACCGAGAGCGCCCGCCUCGUGCGGGACAACGACUCGCUCCGAGUGAAAUUGGAAGAGGUAGUCGCAGAUGAUUAUGAAGAGGUAGAUGAUGGCUUCUCUUGUACACCAAAAGAAGACAAAAAAAGGCAUCGACAAAAGCAGGAAGAGGAAGAAUUCUCUAGAAAUGAAGAAGACAGGCAUAAAAGGGAAAAGAAAAAGAAUAGACAUAAUCCUGAGUAUUCCUCUUGUAGGGAAGAGACCUCUGUAGAUAUUCGUGACUGUCAAAAAAGGUACAAGAAAAGAAAAAGAAAGGAAGAAGUUAGUGGAAGAAAUAGACUCACAGAAGGUAAGGAAGAGAGCUCUACUGACCAGUCUAAAAAGCUUAAAAAAAUGCAGAGGGAGAAGCAUUUGGCGGCAGAAAAGAAGGAUGAAAAGCAGACAAAGGCCCCUGCAGCAAAGAUGGCUUUAGAACAGGCAAACGAGAGCAUUUCUCUAAAUUCUUAUAAAAAUAACACCAAAAAAAUCACAACACAGUCCAGAAAAAAGAGGGUGGGAUCUUCAGAUUCCUCCAGCACGUCAUCUGACAGUGACAGCAGUGAAUUAAAUGUAAAGCAGAAUAAAUCUUCCCAUAAACCUGUAGUGGCAACGUUUCCCAAAGACAAAUCCCAGGCUGCUGCAAAUUCUGAUGUGAAAACUGUUGUUUCUAAUAAAGUGACUGUAAAGUCUAAUGCUGAAAAUUCCAUUAAGACUGCAAUUAGUAAAAAUGCUAAAAAAUCCCAGUCUUCUAGUUCAGAUUCUGACUCAAGUACGGAGGAUGAGAAAGUGGCAACAGCACAAGACAGUACUGCAAAGGAAAAGUUACUGCCUAACAGUGCGGCAGCUGUGAAAACCAGUACCACCAAGGCUCCCAAAGCAAAGACCUCCUCUUCAGAGUCUGAUAGUUCAGAUUCAGAAACACUUGUUAUUAAAAAACCCACAGCAAGUGCUGGACUGAGUAAUUCCAUAGUAAGAAACUGUACUAAACAGUUACCAACUAGUACUCAAGGACCACUUGCCAGCGCAGGUCGUGGAAGGGGGCGUGGAACAGGAGAGGAUAACUUCUGGAGAGGACCUAGGGGCCGUGGGUUUCGUGGGAUGAUGAGGGGCCAAGGCCGUGGGAGAGGAGCAAACCCUGGCUUCUUCUAUAACUACAGCAGUGAAGGCCAGAAACAGAGGCAGUUAAAUGAAGCUGCGACAAACACUUCUGCUCUUGUCCAGAAUCCUGUGGAGGUCCCCAAGAGAGACUAUAGUGUGUUACCUCUUCUAGCUGCUCCACCACAAGUCGGAGAAAGAAUUGCCUUUAAGCGCUUGGAAUUAACUGAAAAUUACACUCCUGAAGUUUCAGACUAUAAGGAGGGGAAAAUAAUCAGUUGGAAUGCUGAUAAAAAACAGAUCGAGCUUGAGAUCCUUUCGUCAUCAGCAGGACAACUUGCUAAGGAGCCAGGGAAAUUCGAUCUGGUUUACCAGUCUGCAGAUGGAGCAGAACUGAUAGAGUACGCUGUUCCUCAGGAUACAAAGAUAACUGAAAGUUGGGAUGCACUGAUAGAGCCAAGACUGAUUGUUGAGCCUUCAGUUAACGGAUCCAGCAUUGAAAACGGAACAAUCUAAGAUGUGAACAAAUGUAAAUAAUUGUACGGACUUGUUUUGUGAAAUGCUGCCUUCUAGUUCUGAGGGCAGCAGAUGCACUGGUGGAUAUUUUUAAUAAAUGGUUUUAAAA